GUUAGCCGCUUGGGCGGUCGGUUACGUCUCUGAUACGCAGUAUUGUAUUGCCCUUUACUUGCUGCAGUCCACCAUGAAGUUAGUGUUAACUUUAGCGCUGGUUCGAGCUCUUCUUGUACAUGCCAGAUCUUCAUGGAUCGUUGGAUGGGAUGUGCUAAUAUUUACACAGCAGUGGCCAAUAACCAGCUGCAUCAGUCAUUUAGAACAAAGUUCUAAAGCAACAUGCAAUCUUUACCCAAACAUGACUUCUUGGACAAUUCAUGGCAUAUGGCCCACCAAACUUGGAACCAUUGGCCCAAAUUAUUGUAACAAAUCAUGGAGUUUUGAAGAGGCACAGAUUAUAGAUAUGGAGCCAUAUUUAAUUAAGUAUUGGGGCAACAUAUAUGGUGGUGAAACUCGCACAUCUCUCUGGAAACAUGAAUGGACAAAGCAUGGCACAUGUGCAGCUCAACUUCCUUCUCUAAAUUCUGAGAAGAAAUAUUUUGAGAAAGGUUUAGAGUGGGUUACCCAUUAUGAUUAUGUGGCUGUUUUGAGCAAGCAUAACAUAUUCCCUGAUGAUGUCAAGACCUAUAGCCGUAAUGAUAUCUAUAUUGCUAUCAAAGAUAUGUUUGGAGUUGAACCAGCCAUUAACUGCAUUUAUAACAAGAAAACCAAACAACAUGAAUUGUCACAGAUCAAGUUAUGCUUUGACCAAUCUUUACACUUGGUGGACUGUGAUGGAAUUAUUGGUUAUAAUGAAGAAAUUAUUGGAAACUGCCCACAGCUUGGAAUUACAUAUCCUGCAUCAGUUAGGACAGGGGGAAAGGAAUACAGUUACUCCCGCAAGUUGGCAAAGUUCUGAACCCAGCGUUGGGAGGAUGCACAAGCAACUUGUGUUUCCUGGCCGUGUCAUGCUCUGAUGAUGGUCUAUUCUCUCAUGUGGAUUACUCUCUAGACAGGAAUUUGACUUUUAGUAAAAACUUUUCUUCCAUCUUUAAUAACUGUCAGAUUUUUUAUUUUUUAUUUUUACAAUUUAGGACAGAUUUCUUAAACAUUUCAAUUUAUUUAAUACUGAUAAAUAAUGACAUGUUAUGAACUUGUACUGCUUAUACAAUAACAGGAAACUUCUAAAAUUUAUUUGUUAAAUUGUCUUUCAGACAAUAUCAUGUAAAGACUGUGUUCAUAAACCAUUAUACAGUAAUCUUAAGAUGAAAUACAAUACCUGUAAAUUCAUUUUUAAGCUAGAGUUAUCUUAGCCACUUAAUUUAAUAGCUAAUUUAUUAUUAUUAUUAUUUAAUGUUGGUUCAGCAUUAUAAAGACUAUGAAUGAUAGGGUUGUUGAAAUAUUAACAUGUACAUUUUACAAAUAGAACUUUUUCAUUUCUAUUUCAAUUAAAUUUUCAAGUACUGUACCAGUAUUAAAGCUAGACGCAUAGGUAGUGGCUACUGUAUAUCAGUAGGAUAGAAAAUGUGUUAGUAAAGACAAACUUAUCUCAGUCAUGUAGUUUACUAGGUAAAUGGUAGGAAAUAAUGACUGAAGUUAUGAUAGUUGCAAGGAUGCUAAUGGUACUUGUCACUUGUUGACUUACAAUCUUCUGUCAUUUUUUUAUUAACAAUGGCUUUAUUUUAUGACCUAAGGGACCUCAUUAGUGACUAGGUGAAAUCCAGCCAGUAAGUACCAUAAGGUAGAAUCUGGUAAACUCCUACAGGUUUAUUUCCUUAAUGGCCAAGUAAACCAUCUUUUAGAUAAUGUUUUUCUGUUAACCAGAGUCAAUAUAUAAUUUUUUCCCAUAACUCUUAACUAUUGCCAGAUCUACAGGUGGUUUUAUUAGCUAGAGAGGUUUCAAGUCAAGAGUUUAACUUAACACUCAAGGAUUCUCUACACUAAAACAGGUUCUUAUAUCCAUCCAGAUCCACAUUUCUUGUCGUAAAAUAAAAGAAUUAAUAUA